UUAUGGCUCGAGCGGCUACCGCACCGCCCUAUAAAACCCGGCAGCGCGACGCGCAGCCACUGCCGCGACUUCGUCCACCGGUCAGCACAGGCUUCUCGCCUUCGCCGCUCUUUCGCCUUCGCCGGUCUACUCCACCUCCAGCUCGCCAUGGAUGAUGAUAUUGCUGCGCUCGUGGUCGACAACGGCUCCGGCAUGUGCAAGGCCGGCUUCGCGGGCGAUGAUGCCCCCAGGGCCGUCUUCCCCUCCAUCGUGGGGCGCCCCCGGCACCAGGGCGUGAUGGUGGGCAUGGGUCAGAAGGACUCCUACGUGGGCGAUGAGGCCCAGAGCAAGAGAGGCAUCCUGACCCUGAAGUACCCCAUCGAACACGGCAUUGUCACCAACUGGGACGACAUGGAGAAGAUUUGGCACCACACCUUCUACAACGAGCUGCGUGUGGCCCCCGAGGAGCACCCCGUCCUGCUCACCGAGGCCCCCCUGAACCCCAAGGCCAACCGUGAGAAGAUGACCCAGAUCAUGUUCGAGACCUUCAACACCCCAGCCAUGUACGUGGCCAUCCAGGCCGUGCUGUCCCUGUACGCCUCUGGCCGCACCACUGGCAUUGUGAUGGACUCCGGUGACGGGGUGACCCACACAGUGCCCAUCUACGAGGGGUACGCCCUCCCCCACGCCAUCCUGCGUCUGGACCUGGCUGGCCGGGACCUGACUGACUACCUCAUGAAGAUCCUCACGGAGCGCGGCUACAGCUUCACCACCACGGCCGAGCGGGAAAUUGUGCGUGACAUCAAGGAGAAGCUGUGCUACGUCGCCCUGGACUUCGAGCAGGAGAUGGCCACCGCUGCGUCCUCUUCUUCCCUGGAGAAGAGCUACGAGCUGCCCGAUGGGCAGGUCAUCACCAUCGGCAACGAGCGGUUCCGCUGCCCCGAGGCUCUCUUCCAGCCUUCUUUCCUGGGCAUGGAAUCCUGUGGCAUCCAUGAAACUACCUUCAACUCCAUCAUGAAGUGUGACGUGGACAUCCGUAAGGACCUCUAUGCCAACACAGUGCUGUCUGGGGGUACCACCAUGUACCCCGGCAUCGCCGACAGGAUGCAGAAGGAGAUCACGGCCCUGGCCCCCAGCACGAUGAAGAUCAAGAUUAUCGCGCCUCCUGAGCGCAAGUACUCCGUGUGGAUCGGCGGCUCCAUCCUGGCCUCCCUGUCCACCUUCCAGCAGAUGUGGAUCAGCAAGCAGGAGUACGACGAGUCUGGCCCCUCCAUCGUCCACCGCAAAUGCUUCUAGGCGGACUGUUACUCAGUUGGUUACACCCUUUCUUGACAAAAAAACCUAACUUGCGCGCAGAAAGCGAGAUGAGAUUGGCAUGGCUUUAUUUGUUUUUUGUUUCUUUUUUUUUUUUUCGUUUGUUUUUUUGAAAUUUUUUUGGCGCUUGACUCAGGAUUUAAAAACUGGAACGGUGAAGGCGACAGCAGUGUGUCGGAGCGAGCAUCCCCAAAGUUCUGCAGUGCGGCCCGGGACUGAUCGUACAUUGUUCAUUUUCUAAUAGUCAUUCCAAACACCAUGAGAUGCAUUGUUACAGGAGGUCCCUCGCCUGCCCCAAAGCUGCCCACUUCUAAGAAGGGCCAGUCUUCACCCGAGUCCACAGAGGGGAGGGUGAUAGUGUUGCUUUUGUGUAAAUUAUGUAAUCCAAAUUUUUAAAUCUUCGCCUUAAUACUUGUUCUUUUUGUUUUAUUUUGAAUGGUCAGCCAUCGUGGCCCCCCUUUUUGUCCCCAACUUGACAUGUAUGAAGGCUUUUUCUGGGCCCCGGGAGCGGGCUGAGAGGUGUGGCGGCAGCCAGGGCUUCCCUGCACACUGACGUGAGACCAGUUCAAUAAAGUGCACACCUUAAAGGAA